AUGUGCUCCUUUCGAGGGAGUAGCGGGCAGCGAGUCAGAACAGAAGAAGAAGCAGAAGAAGAAGGGAAGACCGCCACUUCAUCACAACAUCCUCGCCCCCGCUCUAACUUUAAAAGGAUGAAGACUGGACUGAAGCUGAAGCUCUCCAAACGAGAACUGGAGCAGUUGGUGGAUAAGGAGGUCCAGUCUGUGGUGUCACAAAGAGAGAGCAGUUUGGAUGUCUUGAUAGAGAACAUUAGGCAGCAGCUGGGCCAGGGCCUGAACUAUGAGACCUCAAUCGAGAUGCUGCAGAGCCAGAUGAUGGCAGUAACUCGAAGAGCAGAGCAUGCUCUUGCCCAAAUAGCACAGAAUUCAGCCGCAUCCCAUUGCAGCACCAGUUCCGUCCAAUCCCAGAACAACACGGAGGACUGUGUGGAGGACUCCCGUGUCUCAGAGUUCAUGGAAAAGACAAGGAAACAGAUUGAGCGCCUUCAUGCAGAAAGCGCAGAUUUAAGAGCCGCUCUUGCAGUUAUUACUGGUCCGACAACUCCAUCUCCUACAACCAUCAGCCGUCGGCAAGAUGGGGUGAUUGACGGAUUGGCAAAGCUUAUCAAAAAGGAACCAACAGAGGCAGAAGAAUCAUCCUCUCUCGUUGUGGCCUCAGGGCCCGUAAAGAGAACGACGGAAGAAUUAAGCAAUGAACAAGGCCGACACUCCAAGAGGAUCAAGACCGAACCGGAGGAUUCCCCGUACCCUCCUCUGCCGGACCUCGUGUUCCCCCCGUUUCUACCGUCAGAAGCUUCGAAAUACAGCCUCCCGCCCAGAGUGAAGGCGGUGUUGGGCUUCAUCAAAAACCCCUCCCCUCACCUUUCUCUGUUGUGGAGUCUAGAUGAGAUCGUCCCCAAUGCUCCACCCAUGAACCUCUACAGCAUAUUUAUCUCCACUGAACUGGCUCCAGGCAGUGGCGUGUUCAGCUCGUGGCAGAAACUUCCGGACCAAACUGCGCGGACCCUUCCCAUGAGUUACGAAAAUGUCAAGUUUAAGCCCGGACACAAGCUCUGCGUCACUGUUGUGGGGUUGGACAAGUUUGGACGCUACGGACCUUUCAGCAAUCUGUCCUGUGUCGAUGGGUCUGAAGAGGCCAAAAGCUGUGAAAAUAAAUAA